GCCCUCGGGGGUGCAUCGUUCUCGAGGUCACCUGAGUUGAGGGUUUCGCACAAGUUGGCGGAGAGGAAGAGGAGGAAGGAGAUGAGAGACUUGUUUGAUGAGUUGAGGGAUCAGUUACCGCAGGAUAGGGGCAUGAAGUCGAGCAAGUGGGAGAUUUUGAGCAAAGCUGUCGACCACAUCCAGACGCUCAAGCGUCACAACUCGGACAUGGCCAGGGAGAUCGAUGGACUGCGACGUGAAGUCGAAGGUCUGCGAGUCGGAGCAGCCGCUGCCGCCGCAGCUAGUGGGGUCGCCUACGGGGUCGCGCCUACAUACCAACAACCCCAAUUCAAUGGUUAUCUCUCGAUGGGACCCGGCUACCCACCUCUUCCAUCUGGAGGAUAGGGUAACAUGACUCCUCAUCACCCUUCCGGUCAACCAUCGCAAGGUCAAGGUCAAGGUCAAGCUCAGCCUCCUCCCUCGACAGCUCCUCCCGGCCAGAGCAUGCACAGUCGGGGUGCAUCGUCCUGAGCAGUCCAGGACAGUUCGGAAACGAAGACAAGGUCAAGCCCAUCAAAAGGUAAAGAAAAGAAAAGCUCGCAAAUCCUGUAUAUUCCACCAUCUCGUCACCGCCAUCACCUUCCAUGGCCGCCUGUGGUGCGCCUAUUCGAAACGCUCGCCCGGGGGUCUCACCUUACCGAUGGCACAAGACGUUUGUUGUAUUUCUUAUUUAUUCAUCUGAGCAUCGUCCGGGUUGCCGGAUAUCCUUCUUAUGCACUAUACAAUACAAGAGUAUAUAUUAAUAUUGACAAGA